AAAUUGAAAGGUCGAAAUGCGUCGCAAAAUGCGAACGCACCCAUCGACGUAACGGUAAGUUGCGUUCUCCCGCGUGGCCUACAUCUGAUGCAUCUCGGAACGCGCGGCGUGUGUGCGUGCUUUCGCCUUUGCGCGUCCCUCCCGUAUUAUUAUGAUGCACCAGAGCGGUAUCAGGCGUAACCUCGCGACUUGUGGCAGUUUUAUUAUUUUUCGCGCAUCGCGAAUAUCUGCGGAGUAGAGCUGACUGGGAUCCGGAUCGGCACGACACCACGGUCUCACAAUGAAAUUUACCGAGGGCGAACAGGUUCUUGCCAAAUAUCCAAAUUCUUCUGAAUAUUAUAAAGGAAGAAUUCUCAAUAUUAGAGGUGAUCGAUACAAGAUAAAAUUUGAAACAGGCACUGAGCAUAUGGUUAGAGAAAAUGACAUAAAGUAUGAAGGUAAGGAGAGAGUAGGGAGAAGUUCAAGCAAAGGCAGGCUAAAAAGUCCCUCAAGACAAUCGCCUAGUAGAAGGUCACUGAGUAGAAGAUCUCCGGGUAGACAAUCAGGUAAAUCGCCUGCAAGAUCUCCAGUACUUACCAGAAAGCUGCCUAUUCGUAGUGCGCGUCUUGCCAAGAUCUCUCUGUCACGUAUAGAUGUCGAAGGUGAUAAGGCCAGUAAUCACAAAGAAGGAAAAGUAUUGCAAGAGAGCCCUGAAUCGGUACCUUUGCAACAACGUUUGCAGAGGGAAAUAACACGUAGAACGACGUUUUUGAAAAGUGAGCAGGAAAAGGCACUUGCAUCGAUGAGAAAUAUUGAUAGAGCUGUUUCACUACCAUUGGAAAGGAAAAGUUAUAUACAUGAUUAUACAUUGGGAGAAAAAGAAAGAGGAUAUUCCAUGCAAAGAGAUCAAAAUGUGAAAUCACAAGAGUCUGAAAAGUGGGAAGAAACAGUGAAACGUGAGAAAGAGAUUAAUAGAGUUGAUGAGCCACAAGAAUGGGGUGGAUGGAUUGGAACAGCUUUUCUCACAUUUAUCUUACCAAUGUCAAUAAUCUUACCACAACUCUUGUGCUCAAAAGGACAAUGCAAAUUUGGUCGUGUGGAACUUCCUGUUAACUGGGAAUCUUACAUAAAUUUAUCUGGAUUAUUGUCUUAUGUUGCAUUCUUCAUAUUACUGGCAUGCAUUUCAAUUAUACCAAUUGGAAAAACUGUAGAUGGACAGCAAAGUAAAAUUGGUAGACUUCAAUAUCGUAUAAAUGGCUUUUUGGGCGCUAUAUUGGCAAUAACGAUAUUCGGUUUAUGCAUUUAUAAAAAUAUCUCAAUCAGUGAUUUUAUCUUGGAUAAUAUUGUGCAGUUGUCAGUGAGUGGUUGGCUUGUGGGAACAUUCUUAGCACUGGGAUUGUAUAUCAAAGCAGGAAAAGCUCCGCUAGCUAAUCUAAAUAUAUAUGCAUCGACUAAGAGCAGAAUAUAUAAUUUUUGGCAGGGUAGAGAGAUUAAUCCUCGAAUUGGCGCUUUGGAUAUUAAACUGUUGUUAAUACGAGCUUCUCUUAUUGGCACGUUGAUCGUGAACAUGGCUGUCAUAAUUAAAACUGUCGGCGAUGUAAAGAGUCUAAAAAUUGAACAACUUAAUAUAGCUGCAUUGUUGGUCGUCUUAUUGCAGCAAUUCUAUAUUGUAGAUGGAUUAAUAUUUGAAGCUACUAUCUUUACUUCCUUCGCAAUAAUGUAUGAAGGAACUGGAUACAUGACAUGCGUCAGUCACUUGUUAUAUCCAUUUUUGACAACUCUUACAACAAGAUUUAUAUUAUAUCAAAAAAUAAAAUUUAAUUAUUUCGCCGGGAUAUUUAUUUUGAGUUUUGUAAUGGGAUAUAUCUUGUACAGAACUAGUAAUUCGCGAAAAAAUGAAUUCAGAAAGAAUCCCGUUUCACCGACCGUACCUUAUUUAGAGACCAUCCCGACGUCGCGUGGAAAGAAGUUGAUGUUGUCUGGCUUAUGGGGUCAUGUAAGGCAUCCUAAUUAUUUAGGUGACAUUAUAAUGCAAUGGUCUAUUGCAAUAAUUAGCUUAAUGAGUGACAUAUUACCGUAUUAUGCGGCGAUUUGCUGUACAUUAACGUUAGCUUAUAGAGCUGUAAGAGAUAAUAGACGUUGUCAGAUGAGAUACGGAUAUGCAUGGGAGCAAUAUUGUUCUCGCGUGAAGUACAUGAUCUUGAAGCGUAUAUUUUAAGACGAUAGAGUAUAAGUAGCAAAGUAUUUUUUAAAUACCACAAAUUAUAUUAUAAUAUACUAUACAAUUUAAUUUUUAAAAAGACACGCUCCGAAGGGUACGCUCAUGACACAUUAUAAAGAUCUCUAAACGUGCAUUUUCAAAUAUUUUUAUGAUACAGAGAUGAGAUACAGUGAUAGUAGUAUUAUAAAAUACAUAAUUAUGUAGAAUUGGUUAGAAACCAAAAAUAUUUUGAGAUUUAUUAUAAUAUUGAGAAUUUUCAUAUUAGAGAUAUUUAAGUUUAUAAAAUGAGACUUUCUAUACGUAUGUGAUGACAAUAGAAAAGCUAAUAAAAUGAUGCUGCACGUUUUUGCUGAAGGGAAAGAAAAUUUAUGUAAUUGUAUUUAAAAAUAAGUAUAUAAGGAUAUAAAAUAUUUUAUAUAAGAGACUGUGCCUGUAAUAUCGAGCAUUAUAAAUUGAAAAUACAAAUUAAUU